CAUGAGUGGAUAGGAGGGAGUGAUCGAACUGAGAACUCCCAGAGUUCACAGAAACUCAGCAAUGGCUUCAAUUCCUUGUACUACAGCUGCUACCCACUUAUUCUUCACCAAGAACUCCUUCAAUUCUCCAACCAAAUUCAGUACCCGGUUUCUGGGUACUCGGAAUAGGCUCGGGUGGGUCCGACCCGUUGGUAUUGGAGCCUCCAACGGGUCCAGAGCCAAGUGCUGGUUCAAAUUUGGUAAAAACGGUGUGGGUGCUGAAGAUGCUGGCAUAUAUGGAAGCCAAUCCCGUGAUGAUUAUGAUAAGGAUGACGUUGAACAGUAUUUCAACUACAUGGGCAUGCUUGCUGUGGAAGGUACAUAUGACAAGAUGAAUGCUCUUCUAAGCCAAAACAUCCACCCAGUCGACAUUUUGUUGUUGAUGGCUGCCUCCGAAGGUGACCAGCCAAAAAUUGAAGAACUUUUAAGAGCCGGUGCUAGUUACUCUGUCGAGGACGCUGAUGGGCGAACAGCUCUUGAUAGGGCUGCCAGUGACGAAAUCAAAAACUUGAUUCUUGGUUUUUCAGUUCAGAAAGCAUGAUUUCGAUAAUCCAUUAGCUCAUGUUUCCUUUUUUGGUUGAGUUUCUCAUCGUGUAAUAUUUUCAAUAGAUGAUUUACUGCAUCAAUGGCUAGAGGAUUUGUCAAUUUAUCGACUUGCUUUGAUUUA